CUGUUUAUUGUAGUAUAUAUUAGAAUUAUGUCAUUAAAACUUAUGUCUUCAUAGUUUCGUGCUUAACCAGAUCGUAUUUUUCAGACCUUUAGUAUUCAGUGGUCAAUGGUCAGUACUAAUUCCUAACCUCAACGGUUAUUUCAUAUUAUACAUUGUUGACGGUUCAGCAUUUCAAUCAUGGUCAUAUAUUGAAAUAAAUAUUUAGUGUGAUGUUUGCCAUUAUAGGGUUUUCCUUUGUAAAUUGCUUUAGUAAGUAAUGUAGGUAAAUAUUAAAUUUAGCUUACAAAUAUAUUGAUAUUGUUAUGCAGUAAAUAUUCUAUUAUGGAUACAAGCAAUGAUUAUUUAUUCGCUUUACAAUUGCAAAACGAGUUCGCCAAUUCCGAGGAAAAUGGGGAUCUACGCUAUAUAGAUAUGACAAAAUCUACAACUAAUUUGGCUGUUGGCUCUAAUAAUGAUAGUGUAAUUGAUUUGACUGAUAUCAAUACCAAUGUUAAGAAACAAAAGCGCAAUGCACGUGAUAAUUUAUCUCAACCAAUUAAACGGCCAUGUCCUAAAAAUGUAGAGGCUACUGUAAGUAUUGUAGACCAUUCUUGGGAAAUGUUGGAUCCAAAUCCUGACAUACAUGGUCUUUUUUUGGCAUUUAAUCGACAGUAUUUUUGGAGUACAUUGGAUUCAGUAAUGAUACAGUGGAGCAAAAGGAUGACAGUCUGUGCUGGUUUAUGUAGAUAUCAAAAUGGGUUUUGUUCCAUUAGCCUUAGUGAACCAUUGUUGAAACUCAGGCCUCGAAAAGAUUUAGUUGAAACAUUACUACAUGAAAUGAUUCAUGCAUAUUUGUUUCUUACAAAUAACAAAGAUCAUAUAAAUAGAGAUGGACAUGGACCAGAGUUUUGUAAGCACAUGUACAGAAUAAAUGUAGCAGCUGGUACUAAAAUAUCAAUUUAUCAUGAUUUUUCUGAAGAAGUAGAGGUGUACAAAAUACAUUGGUGGAAGUGUAAUGGUCCAUGUCAAUAUAAGAAGCCAUUUUAUGGAUCUGUAAAAAGGUGUAAGAAUCGUGCACCAGGGCCAUAUGAUAGGUGGUGGAGUCAUCAUCAAGCUACUUGCGGUGGAGUUUUUACUAAAGUCAAAGAACCUGAAGGGUUCGGAUUGAAAAAAAAAAAAACUAUUCCAAAACAAUUGGAUGUUAAACCUGUUAAUAAAAUUACAAAUUUCAUUACAAUAUUGGACUCUCCAGUAAAUGAAGUUCAUCAUAAUGGUUCUGACAUAUAUUCUAAAUCACUAGAAAAUAAUCAAAAAGUUCAGUUUGAUGAUAAAUCAAAUUCACCAACACAGACAAUUUCUGAUAAGAAUGCUGAAAUGUCUCCUGAACCUGAAUGCGAUAAACAAAAUAUUGAACAGAAUUUAUUUUUAUUGAAUGAUUUGUGUGAUGAAACUGAUUUUAGUGAUGAAGAUAUUAGCGAUUUGUAUGAUGGAACUUCUGAAUGUCCCAUUUGUARUAGACUGGUGUUAACAGACUGGUUGAAUGAUCAUUUACAAAGUUGUGAUCAAUUGAAAGAGAUGUUUGGCAAUGAAAUUAAUGAUAAAUGUAAAUGCCCAGUUUGCAAUAAUACAGUUGAUAGAUCCUUAAUGAAUGAGCAUUUAAAUAGUUGUAAAAUGUUGAUAAAUGUAUUUGAAAAUGACUUUGAGAGCAUUCCUGAUGAUACUAAUUAUGUAAACUGUCCAUGUUGUAAUAAAAUGGUCAAAGAGAGCAAUAUUAAUACACAUUUAGAUAUUUGUAUGUCAACAGAAUCACUCAAGCCAAAACAUGAUAAAAAUCAUUUAAAAUGCCCAUGCUGUGAAAAAAUAUUUAAAAAUGUUAUUGAAUUGGAUGAUCAUAUAGAUAACUGUUCGUCAGUAUGUUGAUAAUAUUAUAGUGAUUUAUUUUAUUUUUCACUUAUUUUUAUACUUUAUAUAUGUUAUUUUUUUUUUAU